AGAAGCUCUUGGUCUGGUGAAAAGAAGUGAUAAACUGCAAGAGAAAGCUUUGUGUGAGGAGCAGUAACCACAACUGUCAGCCCUUCAGAUGUAGAGCUGGGAAACCCCAGAUCCCACAUAAUUUAGUAAUUCUUCCAAGCACUGGUUUCUUUCUAUUUUUAACAGAGAAGGAAUCAUUGUGGUGGGAGGUGUGUUAAGAGGCAGCAGCGGAGAGUAGAAAAUUGGGAAACACUGAUCUGGCCCUUCCUUGAAGUUGAGUUCAGCUGUGGGCUUGGUAGAGUCCAAGGAGGAAGCUAGUCUGCCUCAGCUUUGGAAAGCUUGGUAUUUUGCUUGAUGCCACUGGCACCCUGGCGAUGGGUGCUCUUGUUUGAGCCUCUGAUUGGCUCACUGGCGUAGCUAAUCUACUCAGCCGUCUUUGGGUAGCUGACUAUUUCAGUGUUCCAGAAGCGGAGCUCUUUUGGGGCUGAAUCAGGGUUCCCUCUGGCAGCUGAGGCCCCAGUGCAUCAGUACCCACUCGUUCGUUCAGCUACGUUUUUGAAUCUGCCGACUCUUGGGUUACAGCAUACCAGGAUACGAUGGUGACUUUGGACUCUGGAUUUGGACUGCCUGAGUGAUCCUGGCUCUACUUCUGUCUGACCUUGAACCAACUACACUUUUAAUCUCUCCAGAGUUGCUGUGAGGAUUAAAUAAAAGAUGUAAAGUGCUUAGAUCAGUACCUAGUAUAGUAUAAGUACAAAUAUUGGCUAUUUUUGUCUUUAGUGAUUAAGAUUUAAAAAAAAAAAAGAUUCUCUGCCAUCUAGGACCUUAGAUUCUUGUGGAGAAAAUGGCAACAAAAUAGACGUUAAUAGUCUCAAAGAAAGUAAGCAGUCUGCUACGAUGAAAUGAAAGGUAUCUCUAGAGAAGGUCUCUGAAGAUGGGAUGUGUGAGCCAAUCAAGUGAUGAAAUGGGGAAAGAGUUGCAGCCAAGAGAACCCUGCAAAGGCAGGGACAAGUGAUGUCUGGGAGAGGGUGGCUAACCCUGCAGGGCCUUGUCAGUCAGAGGAGUCUGGCAUUCAACUGCAGUAGGAGGCCAUGGGGAACGGUUCCAGGCAAGGGACUGAUGUGAUCUGAGUUGUGAUCUAUUAUUUUUUCUGACUGAUUUCCUGAAGGGCUUGCAAGAGAGUUAAGAAACCAGGUAAGGGGUUGACAUCCAAGUGAAGGGGCAGCUUAGACCUCCAGUGGCAGUGGACUUGGUGUUGAAAUAGAUGACCCAUAUCCUGAUAAAUGCCAGUUCUUUUGGAGACAACUGGUGAGUGGGAUCGGGUGUGCGGUAAGAGAGGAGAGGACCAGGAUUCACUAUUAGGCACGCCAUGGGUCAGGUCUUCCAGCGCUUGGCAGAGUUCUUGGCAGUUCAUCACCCCGACUCCCCUGUAAGCUCCAUUACGACAGGAGCCCCAUCUCAUUUUGCUCCCCAUUGUGUUCUUGCUGCCCAGUAUGGAUGGCAUUUAAUAACCACAGCUGGGUGAACGACUGUGAUACUCAAUGAGAAGACAAAAGACGACGCAAGUUUAGAGAAAAUCAAACGAGCUCAGACGUUUGUUAAAUGUUGCUUUUUGCUGAAGAAGGGAGAUGCCCCCAACGCAUUCAGGCUGGGCUCAGGUGCCCCAUCUGGGCCUGUCCUCUAGAACUGCCCCUUUGUAUGCGUUAGAGUGGCCGCAUCUCAUCUUAAUCUCCCAUAGGCCUGGCACAAUUAAUGGCCCAGAGUAGAUGCUCAGCAAAGCUUGGUUUUGGCCACAGCACUUUAUAGGAUUACAAGGGUAACCAAAAAAAUCAAAACCGUCGCCAUUGAGUUGAUUCCGAAUCAUAGCGACCCUAAGGGACAGAGAAGAACUGCUCCAAUACGGUUUCCAAGGAGCGGCUGGUGGAUUUGAACUACCGACCUUUUGGUUAGCCUUCGCUCUUAACUACUGAACCACCAGGGCUCCAUUACAAGGGUAAAAUAAUUUGUAUUUUUAGGCAAUUUGGGGGCCACGUUUCGGCGCAACCACUAAGUGGCGAGCUGGCAGCUGCGAAUCCCGCCGAGCGUGUUUUCCUCUCCAAGCAUUGCCGUAAAGGGCGGGGCUCCUCUGGGGCCCCGGGCGGGGCUCGUACGGUACGCCCGGCUUCUGCGCUUGCCCAAACGCCGCCAGAGCGAGGGGUGCGGGUUGGCUCCCGAGUGUGGGCGGGAAUUGCCGAGAGUCCUCGGGUGAGCUUUGGCUAAGCGCUCCCUCGCCCCCGCAGAAGCGGAAGUAACCGAAGAAGCGCCGGAAGUUACCGAGCUAUCGGCCUUGUGCGCUCCCCUGUGGGUCGUGGCGCCAGUUGCCAUGGAGCCGGCCGGGCCCUGUGGCUUCUGCCCAGUAGGGGAGGCUCAGCCAGCGCGCUACACCUGCCCGCGCUGUAAUGUGCCCUACUGUUCGCUGCGCUGCUACCGGGCACAUGGGACCUGCGCCGAAGACUUCUACCGCGACCAGGUGCUGGGCGAGCUCCGCGGCCGCACCGCCUCGCCCAGCCGCCUGGCAAGCGCCCUACGCCGCCUGCGCCAGCAACGCGAGACCGAGGAUGAGCCCGAGGAAGCAGGCCUCAGCCCUGGGCCGGCGCCUGGCGGCCUCUCAGGUCUCUGGGAGCGGCUGACCCCGGCGGAGAAGGCGGCCUUCGAGCGGUUGCUGAGCCGGGGCGAGGCCGGGCGGCUGCUGCCCCCGUGGCAGCCGUGGUGGUGGGCCCGCGGGGCCGAGCCGCGGCUUCUGGAGGAGCUGGAUGACGCGCCCGGCAGUGACGCCGCGGAGCUGGGGCCCGCUCUGGCGAGGACCCCGCCGGAGUCCGCGAAGGAUGCUGCCACCGCCGCGGAGCCCGAGGCCGCUGAGCCUGUUCUCAAAGACGCAUCCGGGGCGGGGGCGCCCUCCGUUCCCGCCCGCAUCCCCGCGCUGGCCACCCUGAGCCGCGGCCCGGCCUCGCCGCUCGUGCGCUUCCAGCUGCCCAAUGUGCUGUUCGCCUACGCGCACGCCCUCGCCCUCUAUCACGGCGGCGACGAUGCGCUGCUCUCCGACUUCUGUGCCACGCUGCUCGGCGUUUCUGGGGCCCUGGGCGUCCAGCAAGUCUUCGCCUCUGCAGAGGAAGCCCUGCUGGCGGCAGUCCACGUGCUGGAGGCGGGUGAGCACCCGCCCGGGCCCCUGGGCACACGCGGAGCCAUGCAUGAGGCCACCCGCAUCCUGCUGGGCGAGGGCCCGGCCAACCAGAAGGGUUACACGCUGGCAGCACUAGGGCACCUGGCACAGCUUCUGGGCCGGGCCCGGAAACGGGCCAUGGCUGCGGAAGAGCGGGAUCGCCUGUACCGGGCACGGAAGAAGUGCCAGUUCCUGCUGGCCUGGACCAACGAAAAUGAGGCGGCCCUCACACCCCUGGCCCUAGACUGCGCCAGGGCUCACCGAGCCCAUGCUUUGGCAGCCGAGGAGAUGACAGCCCUCACAGGGGAGAUGGAGCGCCUCUGGGGAGGCCCCAUGCCACCUGCUCCGAGGACUCUCAUUGAGGAGCUCCCUGGUUGAACUGAAGACCUUUUGUCGUUAAUAAAGCUGUGACAGGUC